CGGGGAGCUGGGAGUUUCCCUCUGGGAGCCCUCAUCUUUAAAUCGAGGGCAAGGAUUAGGAUGCAGAGAGGCGAGGCAGAGGACAAACCCCCCUCGCAGAGGGAUUCAGUCGCUGCCAGCGGCGCGGCCGAGCCGGAGCCUUCCCGGGGCGUUGUGCGAGCGCGCUCGCAGAGCAGCCAGGCUUUGAAACUUUCGCUGCACAUCUGUGCAUCCCUGCCUGCGCUCGGCAGCGAGCCAAGCGCCGAAUUCCUGCGAGCCCGUGCAGCUCCCACACGUCCACAGCGCUAGGACCCAGAGGGAGCCGGCUCGCCGUGAAUCAGAGCGGAGCCCCGAGCGCUGAAUGAGGCUGCGACGGCAGCGGCGAUGUGAAUGGCUCUGCGGGCUGGCCACAGGGGCCGAGGACAGGGGUGCCACAGGGGACGGCAGAGCAGCCUGGACAGCCUCGGGCAGCGGCGAGCCCGCGGCGAGCAGCGCUGCGGCUCCCAGGCAGCUCCCAAGUCAGAGGACAAUGCUCCACUGGAGUUUCCUGCAGAACACUCCCUGCUCAGUACCCGGAGCGACCGACACCACGUUGCCCAGGAGGCUCCGCAGACAUCCCACGGCCACGCCACGCGGAGCCUCGGCAGGAGAGAAGCUCUAAACAUCACCGUGGACCCCAAAAUCUUUCGGAAGCGGCGUUUCCGGUCUCCCCGGGUGCUGUUCAGCACGGAGCCCCCGCCGGUGGCCGGGCAGGGGCGGAAUUUGGGAUUUCUCAGUGGGGCAGGGGCUCUCAACAGGACUGCCAGGAGCAGGAGGAGCACGCACCCCGUGCUGCACCGCGGGGAGUUCUCGGUGUGCGACAGCGUCAGCAUGUGGGUCGGGGACAAAACCACAGCCACCGACAUCAAGGGCAAGGAGGUGACGGUGCUGGGCGAGGUCAACAUCAACAACAACGUCUUUAAGCAGUACUUUUUCGAGACCAAGUGCAGGGACCCCAAGCCGGUGUCGGGCGGGUGCCGCGGCAUCGACGCCAAGCACUGGAACUCGUACUGCACCACCACCCACACCUUCGUCAAGGCCCUGACCAUGGAGGGCAAGCAGGCGGCCUGGAGGUUCAUCCGCAUCGACACCGCCUGCGUCUGCGUGCUCAGCAGGAAGGCGGCCAGGCCCUGAGCCCGCGCCCUCCGACCCCCCUACCUCAGCCUGUAAAUUAUUUUAAGUUAUAAAGGACUGCAUGGUAUAUUUAUAGUUUAUACAGUACAGAAAGAAACCUCAUUAUUUAUUAAACUCUUUUGGAAA